AUGGAAUUAAUAAUAAAGUAAUUAGAGACUCAUAAGUAAAUAAAAGUUACUAAGUCAUAUAUAGAUAAUCCAGGUCAACAAUACACAGUAAUUGCUAAUGAUAACUAAAACUAAUACUCAAUUAAGGUUAUAUCACUUCAUUAAAAUGAUGGUGAAUAAAUGUCAUAACAAAAACUAGAGUAUGCAAAAUAAUUAGCGUUGAGUUUAAAAUCUUGCAAUCAUGAAAAUAUUGCAAAAUAUUUAGGAGAAUUUCAGAUCCAAGAAAAUUAUUUUAUUUUAUUGGAAAGUUUUGAAAUGAAUUUGAUCGAUUGGUAGGUUUAGAAUAAAUUAAAUAAAAAGAUUAAUAGAAAAACAUUUAUUUAGUUUGCCUUGUAAUUAUUUCAUGCAUUGGAACAUAUUCACUCUAAGAAUUAUGUUUUAUAAAAGCUAGCUUUAAGGAAUAUUUAUUUGGAUAAAGAUUAUAAUAUUAAGCUGAGCGACUUUGGCUUUCCACAAGAAGUUAUACCUUCUUAACUUUCUAGGUAGUUUAUGGACUAGAAAGCAGAUAAUAUAUAAUUUUAUUUACCUCCUGAAUUGCUUGAUAUUUCUAAAGAUAAAAUAGCUAAAUAGAAAAAGGUAUUGUAAGAAAAUGAAGGAGAUAUAUGGGUAGUUAGCAUUUGUUUAUAUGCUUUAACUGGACCUACUUUGUAAUUUAUAAAAAAGUUUACAGAAGGAUCAGCAUUUUAUAUAUUUUAUGAAGAGAUAGAUUAGGACAUAAAUAAGGUCUUAAUGAAUAGCUUUUGGCUAAAUACAAGUUUAAGACCUAAAGUUUCUGAUCUGAUUUUAUCUUACGAAGAGCUAUAAAAAAUUAAUGUUUAAUAAUUAAAAGAAGAAUAUUAUGAGCAAGAAUUUAUAGAUAAGUACAAUAAAGCUAGGAACUUGUACAGCGACGGGCGCUUUUAAGAAUCUAUAUAAUUAUUGAAAGAAGCUUUUAAAAUAGAUCCUUCCUCUUAUUAUUGUCUUAAUCUUAUUGGAAAUAACUACUUAGAAAAUAAAUAAUACGAAGAAGCUAUUGAUUAUUAUAAAAAAUCAAUAAAUAUUUUUCCUGAAAACGCAAUUGUGUACAAAUAAUUAGGUCAUUGCUAUUUUAAUCUAAAAUAAUAUGAAAUUGCAAUUGAAAAUCUUAAAAAAUCAAUUGAGUAUAAUCCGGAAUACUCUCAUGCUUUUUAUCUUUUAGGUGUAGGCUAUGAAAUUUUAUCUGACAUAGAAAAUUCGGUAGUUAACUACUUCAAAGCUAGUACAUUAUGCCCUUAAUAGUGCCUUCCUUUUUUUAACUUGGGAACAAUAUACUUUAAAGAAAUGUAUUAUGAAAAAUCUAUAAAGUGUUAUUAAAAAUGUAUUGAAUUAAAUCCUAAUAAGACUAAUGCUUACAUAAAUUUAGGAGCUAACUAUUGCAGAUAAAAUUUAUUUAAAUAAGCAUUAAUUUAUUUUGAAAAAGCCUCUGAAGUCGAUCCUUUAUCAGAAAAAAUUAAUUAUAGUAUUUAUUUUGCUUGUAUGAAAUUGCAGAGGCAUGACCAUGCAAUAAGUUACUUCAAAAAUAGGUUGAAAAUAAAUGGAUCUUAAUAAACAAAUUAUUACUUAGCUCUAACUCUAAUUCAGCAUAACCUAAAAAAUUUACACAAAUCUAUUCACUAUUUAAAAUAAUAAAUAAAAUUAGACCCAUAAUGUAUUCAAGCAAUCUCUUUAAUGGUGGAUUCAUUCUUAAUAUAAGAAAAUUAUUCAAAAAUUAUAAAAUACACAAAGACUAUAAAAAGUCAAAAUAAUUCUCUACUUCAUAAAAACAUUUAAUCAAAGAGCAAAAUUUGA